CCUCUGUGUCUUUUUUGGUCUAGCACGUGCGGAGCAGUGCUCGGUUCAUAAAUGGGUUUUUGGUUUAGCCGUACAUGCAUACCACGUUAUGGUGGCUUGCUUUGUAGAGCAUGGUUAAAGCAGACCGUUAGCUUGGCGCGUGCCAUGAAGCCAUUCAUUCUGGUCAACUCCAAGCCCACCAGCUCCCCACUGGGCUUGUCUUUGGUGCUUUUCUGUGGGGAAUCCCUGGGGUGCUGGACCCUGAAACCCGGUUUGCAUCUUUGGAGGGAUUGCACAGGAAUGGAGCCCUGCUGCAGGUUGCCACUGCAAAGGGACAGAUUUCACCUGGGUGGGGUUCAGCCGUCAAUACUUUUAACCAUCCUGCGCUGCAUUUAUAAACCAGGUUUCAAGGCUUUGGGUUCCUCCUCUCGAUCCGUUUCCAGGCAGGGUGGGCCCCGUGCCCAUUUGAGGGCAACCCCUCCUUGCUGCGGGGAAGCCCAUCCUCCUGCUUCCGGCAAAGCGCGGUUGGCUUAAGUGAGCAGCUGUGGGCUGGCUGGCUGGAAGUCGGGAGGAAUGGGAGGCGGGUUCUUUAAAGGGGCGUGGCCCGUUGCCGGGGCACCCGGGAGGGUCUCCGCGCGCCCGGGCUGCGUUGCCAUGGUUUCGCGGCCUUGCCUCGGGCUGCGUCCCCGCCCGGCCGGGGUGGCGUCGUCGUUCCCGCAUGGAGGGAGGCCCGCCGGUGCACGCGGGGGCCGGGAAGGGCGGCGGCAGGCCGGGUUGCGGUCCGCGGAGCGGAGCGGGAGGCCUAGUAGCGGAGGGCGCUGGAGAGCAGCCGGGGGAAGCCGAAGGAGGAGGGGACACUGCUGCCCCCCCAGAGACCCAGCUUGCCCACACAUGGCAUUGGUUCCUGCGUGGCCAGGAGGAGCUGCGUUUCGCCUCUGGGGAGUUGGAGAAGCUCUGGCGGCAGCUGGCGGAAGAGAUGAGAGAGGUGGAGAAUUACGUCGAUCACGUCCGCACCUUGACGGAGGCGCGGGAUGCUCUGGCGGCUGAAUACGAGAGGGAAAACGAGCAGCUGAGGAUGGAAUUCAGCCAGCUGCAGCUCGAGCACGAAUCCCAGCAUAAGGAGGUGGAAGACCUGCUGGAGCAGGAAGGCUUGCUCAGCAUAGUGCACAGCAGCCCCGGUGAACAGGUUGCCUAUUUGUUGGUGGAAAGAAGCUCUCUGCUGGAGAAGAUUGAGGCGCUGGAGCAGGAGCUGGGAGCCUCCCACUGCCUGGGAAGGGCCUGCGUGGCUUCCCUACAAGAUGAAUUGAAUCAGUUCCAUCAGAGGUUAGAUGAGGAGCUUCGCGAGCAGCAACAGUCCGUGCAGCGUGUCCAAGCGACAAUGAAUAAAUCUCCCUCUGAAGAGCUGGCAGGAGGGAACGCCAUCUGUGACAUUGCUGAGCGAGGUUUGGAUGAAGCCCCAGGCCGGAUCCUGGCAUCGAACGAGGAGCUGGACGUGAUGAAGGGAGAGCAAGGGAAGCUGAGCGGCUCGAUCGGACCAGGACCUGAGAUCUGCAAGGAAGAGAAGGAGAAGGAGAAGGACAGGACUGAGGGGCCUAUUGAACAGUUCACUGAAUGUUCAGACGCCAGAGAACAGCCUGUUUUGGCCCCGGAUCCUGAUUCCAGCACUGCGUCUGGGCUGUGGAAGGCCAGAGAGCAGAAGCUCCCGUUGGAGAGAGAAAUCCUGCUGCUGACUGAUAGGCUUUGCCUUCCGGAUGUGGAGAGAAAAACCUGUGACUCGUUACCCAGCACAGAUGCAGCCGAAGACUUCGGAGGCUGCUUUGGACAUGAUGGAAAGGGGAGAGUUGUGGAGGCAGAAGGAGCCGUGUGGGAGGAAGCCCCCCCGGAUCCUGCAGAGCGCCAGACCCUUCAUAAAAGGUGUUGCCAAGGCGUGGAGGACGUGGAAGAACAGAGGUUCCAGCUGCUGCCCGAGCAUCAGGCCUUGGAGGGGCAGGAGGAGCCCCCGCUAAGAGAGACCCAGGACGAGCGUCGGCAGGCAGGCAGGGAGGUGGGGGAGCUGCAGGAGGAGGAGCUGCGCAACUACAAGUCGGAACUUCUUCAUCUCUAUGGCGAGCUCCAGGGGUUUCAGGGAGCAGCAGAGGAGAGUGGUUUUCUGCACCUGACUCACAAGAAACUACUGCAAAAGAACGCACUGCUUGAAACCAAGGUAUUAGAGCUGUCCCACGAAUGCGAACGCCUGAACCAGCGUAUUAUGGGAGAAAGGAAGAAACGGGAAAGGUUUUUGGCAAGCAGGUUGUCGUGCCCUGAACUUCCAGCAACAGUGCAGGUUUGCGAAGAUCAGACCGUGACCCGGGGCGGAGACCGAGAGCAAACAUGCAUUCAGUUGUUAGAAACCAGCAAGAUGGGAGAAACAGAGAAGCAGGCCCAGGGCAGGCAGGAAGAGGAGGCUCAGCUCCUGAAAGACAUUCUCACUUUGCAGCAUCAGCUGUGCGCCCACCGAGACAAACCCGCAACCGGCUUUGGGCCGACUCCGCCCUGCAAACUGCGGGUCUCCCUGGGAAGUGGCUGGGGUGACACGGAGCAGCCCCCCCCCCAUGAAGGGCUCCUGCAGCAGCAAGGAGAGCUGCAGCGGCUGCGGUGGGACCCCCGGAGGGUCCACGGCUCCUGCGGCUCUGCCGAGAAGCAGCUGAGGCUGGAGCAGGAGAAGGCCUUGGAGCUGAAGAGGCAGAACUUACAGCUGCAGCAGGAAAACAUCAAGGUCCAGGCCGAGCUGAGGCAAGUGCAGGUGAAGCUCCUGGAGUCCUCCAAGGCGUGUGCCGCUCUGGCCUCGCAGGGGGAGCUCUGCCACCAGCGGGUCAAGGAGCUCGAGCUGCAGCUGCUCCAGCAGUCCCAGUCCGUCAAGCAGCAGGGCCGUCUGCGGGAGCAACUUGCCCAGGAGAGCGAGCGAGUGGCCGAGGCCAAGCAAAGGGUCCUGGAGCUGGAGCAGAUGCUGAAGGAGGCUCGCCAGCAGGGGCAGCUCCUGGACCCCCAGGCCGUGGGGAGGAAGCGGCUGGAAGAGGAGAUGAGGGAGGCCAGAGAGAAGGAGGCAGAAGCCUGCUGGUAUCUCCAAGAGGAGCAGAGGAAGCGGAAGCUGUUGGAGCAGCAGAAGGAAGAGCAGCAGCAGCAGCUGAGGCACCUGCGGGAGAAGGAGGCCCAGCUGCUCCAGGCCUUGGCUGAGCGGCAGACCCAGUGCCAGCAGCAGGAGGCCCACCUGCGCGUUCUGGAAGAGGAGAGGAGGACCCUGUCGAAGGAGCACCUGCACUACCAGACCCACAGCCAGGAGCUCUCCGAGCAGCUCUCGGCUUUGCAGCAGGAGAAGGAGUCCCUCUGUGACGAGCAGAGGCAGGUCCUGAAGCAGGUGGACGUCUCGCUCAGGAAACACAACGAGCGGCGCCUGCGCCACAAAGCCAGGCUGCGGCACACAAAGGAUACGCUGCUCUGCGAGGUGAAGCAGCGCGAGGGGCAGAUCCGGCUCCUGGAGAGCGAGAUCCAGCUCUCAAAGAGCCAGGCAGAAAAGGACCAAAUGCUGAUCAGGCGGGUGACCAGCGAGAACGAGGGCUUGUUCCGAGAAAAGCGGAAGAUCCUGCAGCAACUCCACAGCCUCGAAGAGGCCAAGGAGAGCAACAGCCAGAUUCUCUGCACGAUUCAGAGCCGAGUCCAGCUUCUGGAGGGGGAAAACAAGCAGCUCCAGGACCGGACUCUCCAGCUGAGCCUGCAGGUCGGAGUCCUGGAACGGGCCCUGCGGACCAUCCACGUCCACAGCUUGGAGGAGCUGAGGAGCAUCGGCUUCCCCGAGAACCCGCUGCAGAGGAAGCUGCUACCCUUCCCCAGCUUCAGCUUCUCGGUGACCAGGCUUUUGGACUCCCGCAGCCUUUGCCGGGCCAUCGAGGACAGGCAGCCUUCCGAGCCCACGCAAAGGGCCCUGCGUUCCCCUCUCUCCUGCCAAACGUCUGAGGUCAGCUAUUUAAACGUUGCCGUCCCGAGAAAGCCGGCCGACCUCCGCGAGGAUGAGGCCGGGGGCCCCAUCUGCUGCGAUCGGGUCUGAAGGGCCCCGGAGAAGGAUGAACAGCACAAAAUGCCUGGAAGCGUCUUCCUGUCUGCGGCUGGGUUUUUUCCCCAUAUGCCAGACUGCCUUCGGAGAUGUUUUGUUAAAAAAAGGGGGAAAAAACAUG